GGUUGGUUUCACCGCGCUAUCUGUUUGACUUAAUGCUGGUUUAAUACAAAUAAAUGUCCCUUUUAAUAUAAAAAUACAGUUUUUGAAUCCGGUCAGCAAAUAAUAUUUUCAUCCUCCAGACGGAAUAUCUGGAAGAACAUCUGAAUUGAGAUCUGCUGCUGUGAAGAUGAUGUUUGUUAAAGAGGAGAGUGAAGAGAACUCGAGUGAACCAGAAAAACUGAGAAUAAAACAAGAGGAACCAGAAACCUGGAGAAUAAAACAAGAGGAACCAGAAACCUGGAGAAUGAAACAGGAGGAACCAGAAACCUGCAGAUUAAAUGAUGAGGAACCAGAAACCUGCAGAUUAAAUGAUGAGGAACCAGAAACCAGGAGAAUAAAAUCUGAGGAACCAAAAAUGUUGAGAAUAAAAGAGGAGGAACCAGCACCAAAACCCAUUGAGAAAAAAACACGAGGAACCAGAAGGCCCAAUGAAAGUGAAAGAAGAAGAGAUCUGAAUGAGGUGGAGAAGAAACAUCAGCAUCAGAAAGAUCAUAAUAUCACUGCUGGAGAAAAAUCAGUGAGUUGCAGCAUUCAAAUAACAGAUGUCGAAAGACCUUUCAGCUGCUCUCCAUGUGGAAACACUUUCAAACAUAAAGGACGCUAUAUGAAACACAUCAGAAUUCAUAGUGAGGAAAAGUCUUUCAGCUGCGCUCAGUGUGGACACACUUUCACACGUAAAGCAAACCUUAAGAAACACAUGUUAAUUCAUAGUGGGAUAAAGCCUUACAGCUGCUCUCAGUGUGGAAAGAGUUUCACACAGAAAUGGCAACUUAAGGAUCAUCUGCUAACGCACUCUUCAGAAAAGCCUUUCGUCUGCUCUCACUGUGGAAACACUUUCACACGUAAAACAAAUCUGAAGACACACAUGUUAAUUCAUACCGGAAUAAAGCCUUACAGCUGCUCUCAGUGUGGAAUCCAUUUUCACACGUAAAACAAAUCUUAAGACACAUAUGUUAAUUCAUACUGGGAUAAAGUCUUACAGGUGCUCUGAGUGUGGAAAGAGCUUUACACAGAAAGGACACCUUAAUGAUCAUGUGGUUAGUCACUCUUCAGAAAAGCAUUUCAGUUGCUCUCAGUGUGGAAAGUCUUUCAAACAUAAAGUAAGCCUUAUGAAACACAUCAGAAUCCAUAGUGGGGAAAAGCCUUUCAGCUGCUCUCAGUGUGGAAACAGUUUCACAUGUAAUGAAAACCUUAAGAAUCACAUGUUAAUUCAUAUAAAACCUUUCACCUGUUCUCAGUGUGGAAAGAGUUUCACCUGUAAACGAGGAUUUAAUCAUCACAGGAGAAUUCACACUAGAGAGAUGCCUUACCAGACAAUUCCUACAAAGUAAAACCCCCAUGUCUGUCCUCAGGGUCACCACUAUGGGGCGCCCGUGUCAGUCCUCUGUGUGGAAGGAGAUUUCGUAAAGCUUUAGAUGACAGCCCGGAAUUUACAGUGCAAGUAAACUGAAUUUACAGUAAACAUUUUUAUAAUAAUAGACUACCUAUACAUUACAUCCAUGUAUACAAAUGCUGCUUGUUAAUCCAAUACAUUAAUCGUUAACUGAUCAAAUUAGAAUAAUAAAUUAGUAUUAAAGUGAUCAUAGGACAUUGCUAAAAAGAACAUUAUUUUAUGUAUUUGGUGUAAUGAAAUUUGUGGCUUACGGUUAAAAAAAAAACAUUAUUUUCCACACUGUACAGUGUUUCUCCUCCAUGCCUUGCCUUUCUGAAAUGUGUCAAUUUUUUAAAAGCUAGAGAAAGAAAUUAAGAAAUGUUUCUCCCCUUGAACAUACUGUGAUGCAGCGUCCCGGUUAUAACACUGACACGUCAAGACGAAACCAAUAAAAACCCAUUACAAGUGAUGCCUUUGUUGCAUCCAGUGGGGACAUAAUUACUGAUUAUAAUGACUUAUACUGUUGUGUUGCAAUGCAUAUCGCGCUGUAUAAACAUAAAACCAUGUCUGCAUUUGUGAUCAGAGAAAUGACAACGAAACGGCAAACGAGCUACUCUACACUGCUCAAAACUCACGUUUGAAUAGUCAAUGGCAAAAUCUUACAAUAUGAAAACACAUUUACAGUCUGUGAGUCAGAAGCAGCAGUCUGUAAGUCAGAAGCACUAGACUGUCCUUGCAAAGUUUAAAUUGCUCCACUUUAUAGAAACACCCACCGGCAUUGUAGGCUAGGUCUUAGUCCUCCAUAAAAUGUGCUUGACACAUCUGAAUAUUUGGGUUGAACUGCAACUUAACCACUGAUUUCUAGAGGGUUCAACAAAGGAAUUAAUGCAUACACAAAGUACUAUAUUAUUAGUUAUAAUAGGCAAACAUUAUAAUACAUUCUCGUUUGCCAUCAGUAUUAAGCAAAUACACUUUUAUAUAAUUUAAACAAAUCUUUGAAUGACUAAUGAACAUUACAUUUCAAAAACCAGCAAAUUUAGUCAAAUCCAGCUCUGAGAUCUUGUGAAGUGUAUAUUUUUAUCCAGAAUGAUCAUGUGUUCUCUGCCUAAUGGUCAGUCCGUGUGAAUUGAAUGCUUUAAACUUUAAACUUGUGAUUUCAAAUUAUGCUACGCUUUAUGCAUUUGCAUACUGUCAUAUUCAUGUCAUUUUCACUGUGUGCUGUGUGUAAAAUGGGUGUCACCCUGGCUUUGAAAAAUUUGAUUCCCAAUGCACACAAACUUGCCAGAAUACUGAGUGCUCUGCUGGUAACAGUGUUUACUUCCCUUUUAAUUUGAUCUUAUUUAAUAUUUAUUUAUUAGUGAAAAAUACUUUGUCAUCUAAAGUAUGUUUAUUUUACAUAUUUAUUUUUUAUCCAUUGUCAAAUGAAUUUGUCAAAAUUUUUAAAUAAUAAUAAUAAUAAUUUCCAAAAUUUCCACAUUGGCUGUCAAUGUUUAGAACAAGUGCGUUCAGAAGAAAUUAGCUCCCAGUCAUGUGGAAAUGUAAAUAGUCUUGUGUAAGUAAAGAACAAAGAAAGAGAAGUAAGGCGAACCUGAUUUUUCUUUUAGACAUUAACAGACAUGAAUUAAGUUCUUUGAAAAACAUAUACCAUAUUCUAAACAUGUCUAUGUUCUUUAGGCUUUAUGUUUAUGGUGGUUUCACUAUCCAUAUUUGUCCAUGCCAUAAUUGUCUAAUUAUAACUGUCAAUUUAAUGACAGUUAAGAUCUUAUUUAUACAUAAAUGAUAUG